AUGAAAAUACACACCGGAGAAAAACCUUUUUCGUGUAAUAUCUGUGAAUAUAGAUGUACCACAAAAAGUAAUUUCCAAAGACAUAUGAAAAUACACACGGGUGAAAAACCUUUUUCGUGUAAUAUCUGCGAAUAUAGUUUUAUUACAAAAAGUCGUUUGCAAUCACAUAUUAUGAAAAUACAUACUGGAGAUAAACCUGUUUCGUGUAAUAUCUGUGAACAUAGAUUUAUUAGAAAAUGUGAAUUGCAAACACAUAUGAAAAUACAUACUGGAGAAAGACCUUUUUCUUGUAAUAUCUGUGAAUAUAGAUGUGUUAGAAAAAGUAAUUUGCAAUCACAUAUGAAAACACAUACUGGAGAAAAACCUUUUUCGUGUAAUAUUUGUGAAUAUAGAUGUAUUAGAAAAACUGAUUUGCAAGCCCAUAUGAAAAUACACACCGGUGAAAAACCUUUUUCGUGUAAUAUCUGUGAAUAUAGAUGUAUUAAAAAAAGUCAUUUGCAAAGACAUUUAAAAACACACUCUGGCGCAAAACCUUUUUCGUGA